AUGAAGCUCCUUAUCCUCACCUGCCUUGUGGCUCUUGCUGUGGCCAGGCCCAUGGUAGAAAAGAUUUCAGAAAGUGAGGAACAUGUCACUGAAGUCCCUGAGAAGCAUGUCAAAAGGAGAGAUAACAUUCCAGUAAAGAAUGAACAUUAUGUUGAAAACAACCGUUAUCUUCCACUUGAAUAUGAAAUGAUGAACGUUUACUAUCAGCCUUUAUAUUGGUCUGAAGAAAUGCAUAACCUCAAGAUGACCAGCCUUCCAAAAGACAAAAGAAUGGCUGUCCUUAAAUCAACUGUCCCAGAGGAGGUGCUGCCUCAUGUUCAGCAUAAAUCCCUGUCUUUUCCUAAGCCCAAAGUCCUGCCUCUCUCUCGCCGACAUAUCCUGCCUUACCAUGCCCUCAGAGUGGUGCCUCUCUCUCACAAACAGUUGACCAUUCCUAAGCGGGAGAUGCUGCCUAUUUCUGAGAGAGAGAUUCUACCUGCUCAUGAAAGACAGAGUCUAUCUGUUCAUCUGAGAGAAAGUCUGCCUGCUCAUGAGAAGGACACCCCCCUUGCUCUUCAAAGAGAGAUACCAUUUAUUCCUGAGAGAGAGAUUCUAGUAGCUUCCGAGAGAGUAGUUCUACCUGAACAAGAAAGAGAGAUUCUUAACGAGAGAGAGGCUCUACCUGUUCACAAGAGAGAGAUCCUGCCUCUUCCUGAGAAAGAGAAGAUUCUACCUCUUUUCCAACAGAUAGUUCUGCCUCUUCCCCAGAGAAAGAUUAUACCUCCUCAUCAGAGAGACACUAUUGCCCGAAGAGAGGUUUUGCCUGUUGAUCGACAGGAACGCAUGCGUGAAGUGGUACCUCUUGAUCUCUACCCAUUCUUUCAACCAGUGGCCAACUUUUAUUAUCCCACUGAGGUGAAUGAGAAGAAUUAAUAGGAUCACUCAGAUGACUAUAUCCUCCUGGCAUUUGACCUGACUGUGACUAGAAAUCCUACUUGGCAUCUUCUAUUUAUUUUUUGGUGUUGGAAUUAGCCCUUUCCUCCUUGCAUCUUCCGACAUUCUCCAUUUUAAUUGGAAUUUGAAGGAUUCACUAUUUGCCAGUUCCCGGAUUCAGAAGGAUCAUCUUGAGUGGCCACUGGGUGAAUAAGCACCAGACAUAUUUGCCACGUUUCUCUCAUAGUCAAUUUGUAAGGACAGUUUCAUGAACUGUAUUACUUGUUAAUGCCAGGAUGCCUAGCAAUUCUGUAUAUGGUC